GAACCAAUCAAUAGAUCACGAUACCAACGUGGAUCGCGCGAGGAUAAAAUAUUAUAAAGAUACAGUAAGCCUACAAAACCCAGCUCAAGCUUGACGCUAAGCCAGUUUCUACAAGAAGUUGAGGCCAUACGAAGAGAGCUUUAUAUCCGUCGAAGAACCCAGCACAACAUCAUAAUAUCUAUGGGUGCGAGAGGCCCAAAUAAACCGACAGGCCAUGUCGAUCCUUGGAGGCCAAAAGCAAAGGUAUUUAGUAACGCAUUCGUCUAUGAAGUGUACCGAACGGCAUUGUUGUUUGGAAUCCGCAGGUCGUUGGAGGAUGAAAAGUUAGAGAUGCCAUCCUCAACUUGAACUCUCAAUUGAGACAGGAGUGAGCUGGGUACACCAACUCGAGCGUCCAGCAUCGGCUCUCCGCGGUCGGCUCUGACCAUAUCUUGAAUGGGGUAUGAUGUCUCUGGGUAGCGGGUAUAUGAAGUAGUCGGAUUCAGACUUUGAACAAAUGAUAACGAUUGAGGUGAUGAAAUGGAUGCAUCAUGGCUCAUGUCAUGCCCCAUAGCACUUCGCGAUUUUGUAACAAAGCGGGUGAAAUUGGAAGGCGGAUGAGUACGAGGCAAUAAUGGGGAAUGUGGGUGUACAGACUCAGCACUCUGUGAAUUUACCGCGACAGUAGUUGAAUGGCCAAGUGGGGAACCCUGCACACUAAACGUAGAUUCAUUUUCUAGCCAUGGUAACGGAGAGGGCCUUCCGUCUGCAGAGGUUGCUCUAAGCAGUUCUCGAAUCUGCAGCCGACGCGGCGGAGAGCUGGAGCCCGAGUUCACGGGUGUUCCUGCGCCCGCAACUGGGGACAUAAUACCAGAACCUGGAUAAUACACUCCUUCCUUCCAGGUAUCGUGAGAAACCUCAGGCGUCGGCGAGCGCUUGGGUGCGUAGGCCGCGACAUUCUCCAAAUUAAGUUCAUGCACAUUGCUUUUGUAAAAAUUGCUGACUUGA